AUGAUAUCUAUGGACACUGUGGCCACACAGAGAACAGCUCUAAUGCUUUUGAUCGUGAUCUGGGUCUUGACCCUUCUGGCCACAGCGUGCGUUGUCAUUCGCCUCUGCGUUAGAAAGUAUAUGCAUAUUUGUGGAUUGGACGACUGUAUUAUCGGGCUAUCGAUGGUGAGUGGAAUUGGAUUGUCGUUCGCCGUUGCGGCGACGUUGUCCAUUCAUCACGGAUAUGGUCAGCAUUAUAAAGAACUUAACUCAGAGCAGGCUUCGAAAGCUCUGAUGUGGAACGUGAUCUCCUUACUUCUUGGUACUUUCGUUUGCGCACUGACAAAGCUGGCCGUUGCGGCUCAUCUGGAUCGGAUUUGGGGACGAGUCCUCAGCCUUUCAAGCCGAAACCUCAUGUGGAUCUUAACGGGCAUGGCGCCUCUAUUUGCCCUGGUCACCAUAAUAAUAUUCAUCACCGAAUGCAAGCCGUUGAACGCCCUUUGGGCUCCGGCAAUGGUGGAAGCGGGACAAGCUACGUGUCGCGAUGUUUCGACUCUGAUACUCUUUGCUACUUUCAAUGGCGGUGAGGAAUACAGCCCGUAA